UCAAACCCGGGGAGACGGAGAGGGAGGGACAGGCGUAGGGACUGUGGUGGUGAAUGUCAGGAAGUUUCUGUGGUCACACAUUCAACACACUGGAUAGAAAAGUGAUGGAAAACAGACUCCACCUCUGCUCACGCCUUCCGUCUUCACUGGAGUAUUAACAUACAUACAUAUAUAUAGUACUGUACAAAAGCACAAGACAGCCAAAGAAAAUGAUAUUUAGAUGUUUAUAUUCUAUCUUUAUAGUGGUGUUAUGAUAUUACACCUGUCAAAGUGCGUUAUUAUCGUUAGUGUGUCAUUAUUUCCAGCAACCCCCCCCACACACUCCGGUAUUUUUUGACUCGACCACUAGCACACCUCAUAUCUCAGUAUCUCAAAAAAAUCAUAUUUUUUUUAACUAAUUAAGUUAGUUAACUGAGCUGGUGGUGAAAUUUAAUAAAUACAUAGAAUGGCUGAGGUGCCCCUGCGGAGAGGUGUUCAUCUAGCCAUCGAGUUUUUAUUGUGUUACUCUUAAUCUGCAUAUAUUCUAAUGUUAAAUCGGCUACUGAGCACAUAUGCACUUACUACCCAGUUAAACAGCUUUAAACAUUUCUUUUGACCGCCUAAGACUUUUGCGCAAUUCUGUACAUUCUGUAUAUACACACAUAUUAGCAAUUAUAAGCAUGGAUGGAUGAAGAUGCUGUGUAUCUUGUACUAUUAUUAUAGUUAUUUUUAAUGAGAAAAUGAGGUUUGCAAAGUCUCAGAGUGGGAUUUCCAAGUCCUUACAAGUUUGCUUACUGGUCCCCCACUUGUCAUUGGCAUUUCUUCGCUACCUGCUCUCCUGUUAGCUACUCCCCACCUUUUCAGGCUGGCUUCUGUCCCCACGGGACGCGCAAGCUGGUCUGAUGACUAGGGGGAUCAGAGCCACACUCCUCAGGACACAGCGUCAUCUUUGUGUGUCUGUGUGGGGAUCCACUCUGCCUCCCAGGUCCAAGUCGCCCACUGGGAAGAAGCUGACAGUGUCCAUCCAGGAGCAUAUGGCCAUCGACGUGUGCCCCGGACCCAUCCGGCCAAUCAGACAGAUCUCCGCCUACUUCCCCCGCCUUUCCCCUCCCUCACCUGGGGGCGGGGCCUCUGCAGCAGUGGCCAGCAGCCUCCUGUCUCCUUUGAUGGCAGGAGCCUCGGGAGGAGGCGGGGCCCCAUUGGCAGCGGAUACGUCCAUGGAAACGGACAGCUGUGACAGCGACGACAGCACAUCACUGGGGGCGCUUGAGUUCAGCUUGCUGUACAGAAGACACACCAGCUCCCUGCACUGCACCAUCCUCAGAGCCAAGGGUCUUAAGCCGAUGGACUUCGAUGGCCUGGCUGACCCCUACGUGAAGCUGCACCUGCUGCCCGGGGCCUGCAAGGCCAACAAGCUGAAGACCAGGACGGUACACAACUGUCUGAAUCCAGCCUGGAACGAGACACUCACCUACUGGGGUAUCACUGAGGAAGACAUGCACAGGAAGACCCUCAGGAUAUCGGUGUGUGAUGAGGACCGACUGGCUCCUAAUGAGCUGAUCGGGGAGGUGCGAGUGGCCCUGCGGCGGGUGCAGCCAGACCAGCUCAAACACUACAGCGUCUGCCUGGAACACCCCCCUCCUCUCCCUUCUCCCACCACCAUGAGUGCAGCUCUGCGGGGGAUCUCCUGCUACCUCCGAGAGUGGGAGAGUGAGCAGCAGAGGAGUCUGGAAGAGAGGGGUCGUUUGCUGCUCUCCCUGCAGUUCCUGCCCCCAUCUAGGGAGGGUGACAGUGAGCCCUCUGUCACAGGGGAGGGACGCCGUUCAGGACUGUGCGUGGGAAUCGUGCGCUGCGCUCAUUUGGCUGCUAUGGACGUCAACGGGUUCUCCGACCCCUACGUGAAGAUAUACCUAAAACCUGACCUCCACAAGGCAUCCAAACACAAAACGGGCAUCAUGAAGAAGACCCUCAACCCAGAGUUCAAUGAGGAGUUCUUCUAUGAGAUCUCUCUCCCGGAGCUGUCAGGAAAGACACUGGAAAUCACCGUUUGGGAUUAUGACCUGGGAAAAUCCAACGACUUCAUAGGUGGAGUGUCUCUGAGCUGUCAGUCACAAGGAGAACCUCUCCGUCAUUGGCUGGACUGCUUGAAAAACAAAGGCAAUAGGGUGGAGCGAUGGCAUACGCUGACCAAUAAGCUCCCAGGAUCCACCUGCUAGGACUGAAUGGCUCGGCCAACAAGGUCUAUAGACAACGGACAAAUGUUAUAUUUCGGUUCCAGUGAAUGCAAAACAGGGGCAGCAUGGUGGUGCAGUGGUUAGCACUGUUGCCUCACACCUCUGGGACCUGGGUUCGAGUCUCUGCCUGGGUCAUAUGUGUGUGGAGUUUGUAUGUUCUCCCCACAUUCCAAAAAUAUGCUGAGGCUAACUGGAGUUACUAAAUUGCCCAUAGGUGUGCCUGUGUGAGUGAAUGGUGUAUGAGUGUGCCCUGCGAUGGGCUGGCCCCCCAUCCUGGGUUGUUCCCUGCCUCGUGCCCAUUGCUUCCGGCGGGACCCAGUAGGAUAAGUGGUUUGGAAAAUGGAUGGAUAAAUGCAAAACAAAUCUAUUCCAUCUGAGCAGGUUUGCGAGUGGUAACAUUUUACAAAUCACGCAAAAUUAUAGCACAUUGUGUGACAUUUUCAACACCUAAGUAUGGAUUACUAAAAUAGAUAGCAUGACUAGAGAUGCAUAUUAAAUAGUCAGAUUUUGUACAAGGCUUGCGUUACUGCCAUAUUAAUUCUCAUUAAUAAUUAAUAAGUUAUUACCCAUUUGCUAUUAAUUAAGUUUGGCUGAAGUCACUCUGAAUAAAAAGUGCCUCUUUAACAAAUGAAAAUGAAAAAAAAGUUUAUUAACAUUAACUUCAAGUUAAUCUCUGACAUGCCUAAAACCAGGUAUUGCAAUUAACGAUUACAUGCUUGCCGCUUUCGCUAGCAUGCAAAUGAGAAUAUGAAAGAGGCGUUACUGACACUUUCCUGGAACAUCCAGGCUAAAUACUUUUCUUUUUAUCCACAGUAAUGAAAGUUGGAUAUUUUAUCAUUUACGUUUACUGUCUUUUUCACUCUGCCGGCUUUAAAUGUGAAACUUUCGCAGUUGGGGGCGUUAACGCUGCUGGCUUUGACUGACCGGCCGCACCUUCAUCUCAUUGUUCCCUGAGAAAUAAUGACCGUUUGGCUCGUGGGUGGCAAUAAAAGCAGCAAAAUUACGCUGAAUAUUGUGAAAAAUCCACCAUCCACGCAUCAUAACAAGCAGCACUUCCACAUGGACGUUUGUGUGUAAAAUAAUUAAAGUUAACUUUGCUUGACGACAAGCACAAAGUCGCGCCCCAUGCUACUCGCCUGUCGGUCAGUCUGCCUUCUGCAUGCAUGUCUUAAAUCCGCAGGCCUAUAUUAAAUAUCGCUUUACUGUAGUGCUCACAUUCAAUAUGUCAUCGGGAUAUUGAAGGGGACGCUUCUCUUUGGUUUCUUAAAAACGGACGGCAGUCAUCCAGCGUCGGAAAUAACAUUCAUUAAGGAGAUGUGUAAUCACCGCAGGGUCGCCGACACUUGUUGAGAUUGCUUUUGCAAAUGUGGAGCACAGACUGCAUAGGCGGCCCUGUGGUUGGUUUAGAAAUGCUCAUUUUCAUUUGACUUUCUCUGUUUUCAAGACGGUGAAGUUUAUAUUACGGUCAGUUAAUUGUUUACAUAUUAAGCACGUUCGGAAUGCAGUGAUUUAUGGAACAUGUCAAAUAAAACUGGAUUGUCGUAAAUA